UAAGCUCACAUUUUCUAUUUGCCACUGUCCUUUUUUUGGUAUUUUUGGUUGUAGCAGGUUUGAUCAGGAUGGAUGAAGAUGUCCUGUGGACCACCACUGUAGUGGACAGAAGAGCUGAGAUGGAUAAGCAAGAGCAGAAACGCAGAGAACGUGCACGUAAACUUGGAAUUUUAUUAGUAGACAGUCCUACAGAGAGCACAGCAAGGAGCAAUGAACCACUCAAUCCAAGUAUUGCAAACAUUCAGGCUGAGGAGCGGGUGAGGAAGAUCUCGUUUGAACUUAGGCGUGAGAUUGUGGAUCUAGGAGGCGUUGAGAACAUCAGUGAGCUUCGUUUAAGGAAGAAAAUCAGAAAACAGAGAACUGAUUCCAGUGGUCAAUCUGAUGUCCCUGAGGGACCCGUGGGUCGUCAGGACUUCUUGAUAGCAGCUGCAAGUGGAAAGAUCAAAGUCAUUGAAAAGUUCUUAGAAGAUGGCGGGGACCCAAACACUUGUGAUGAGUUCAGAAAGUCAGCACUUCACAGGGCUGCUUUUCAGGGUCAUGUUAUGAUUAUCGAGCGAUUACUAGACAAGGGAGCAGACAUCAACUUUCAAGACAGGCUGGACUGCACAGCUCUGCACUGGGCCUGCAGGGGUGGACGUCUAGAAGCUCUCAAAAUCCUGCAGGGCAGGGGGGCUAACUUAAAUAUCAGAGACAAGCUGAUGAGCACACCCUUACAUGUGGCGACCAGAACUGGUCACAGCGAAGUUGUGGAGCAUCUUCUAGCCAGUGGUGUCAAAAUCAAUGCUCAGGACAGGGAGGGGGACACUGCUCUGCAUGACGCAAUCAGACUGAACCGCUACAAAAUUGUUAAGCUGCUCAUACUGGCUGGAGCUGACAUGAAGCUGAAGAAUGCUGAGGGUAUUACAGCCAUAGAACAAGUGAAGAUGUGGCAGUUUGACACCAAGGAGAUGUUAGAGAAGCUGGAGCACAUGAAGAAGGUGGGGCUGGCCUGAAUGUCCCUUUUAAUUACCUCUGACUGAGUCUGAGGGCACUAUAGCCGAGGAGACCACAGAUGGUGUCUAAACAUGGCUGGAUCUCUGCUGCUUUACAUUACAGCAGGGUAAUUAUUUAAAUAAAGUUUUAUUUUAUUUAUUAUAAAAUACAUUUAACUUAUCUUGAAUUUGUUUGUAUGUGUCUGGACUGUAUAAAAGUGCAUUACUGUACAAAUGUUUAAUGGCUUUGUUCAGUAAAUACGAGUGAGUGCUAAUAAAACACAAAGGGAGCAUGGUUAGCAUUUCUGCUUUGUCCCUGACUUACCAGAGGGUUUUGUGAAGAGGCCAUAGUGCAUAGUUUCCUGAUACUAUCAGGGUGCUCCACUCUGCGCAGGAGAAACAGAUACACUCAUGCCGCUCACGUGGGCCCACUAUAUCACUAUUCCUCACUGUUUCUUCCCUGUCAAGCUGAUAAUAUUCCACAAAUGUCCCUUGACCUGUGUCAGAGAGUACAAAUCAAUAAGUGGGUUGGUUUUAUAACCACUACAC